AUGGACUUCUUCUCGACUAGCUUUCCCUUAGAUGAUCCUUUGUCAUCCAUAUUUGUUCCGAAUGCCCAUACAUCCGAUGCACUUCACCACAGCACGAAUGUGGGCAAGGAUACUCAGCCACAACAUUCCGUUGGGUCUAGCAUACCAACGUAUGUAGAAGGCUCAAAUAACCAAGCGACUUGGAAUGAUGAUUUAUUCAGCGCUCACGGCGCUACCAUUGACCACGGCGUCCACAACGGUGGUCUAAUCCACAGUGAUCAACUGGCGAACCCUAUGUCUGGACCAUGGAACAGCUACAACAUCGUCGAUACACCCCUUCGUCCUUACAAUGGCGGGGUGCAUUUCGCUCAUCACGACCAAGCGUUUGGGAACUCGUCAAUGACUUUCGGCGAUGGCGCGGCUCCUGCUUCUACCUCCCGCGAGAGCUCCGUUUCCUAUUCAUCCUCAGGCUCUUCAGACUCGACGCCGUCACUCAUGACUCCUCAUUGGAACCAAGCUCCGAGCUUGCAAACUCCGUUUCUCCAGCAACAUGCUCUCUUCAUGAGUACUCCCAUCCCCGAUGUUCAGCAGCCACAGAUGGCGAACAGCUUCAUGGGAUACAACACGGCCGGUACGCAACUGGCUGCGCCAGUACCUCCUGCGCAGAUACAGAACUUCCCCGAACUUCAGUUCCGUUACUACACACGCGAAAAUACCUUGAAUGACGUUUCCCUCUCCGAACCCAGCGCUGCUACGUCGAGUGCAAUUAGUGUUGACAACUCGUCUCCUAUUCCGUCGACGUCGACGUCCGCUACGCCCGCCUCUCAGCCUGCAGGUCCUUCCAGUGCUCGUGAGAAAAUAGACACUAAAGGAAAGGGAAAGGUCGACGACUCCAAGAAGACGGACAACAUUGGUCCUAUACGUCCGAAUAAGCGGACGAGUAAAAAUUCGAAGGUUCCUUGCAAGAUAUCAGACUGCAAGAAACUAUUUCACUGCAAGAAGACGAUGCUGCGACACGUAAGGACCUGGCAUGAGAAGCAGAUAUGGUACUGUCCUGGACUGGAUGCUGUACGCGAUAGUACAAUGCAGAAGUGUAACCACGUAUCCGGGUACGUGCGCGAAGAUUCUUUAAAGCGCCACCUCGGGACAGCCAAGGAAAAUGACCCAUGCCGAAUUGAAGCUAGCAACCUGGGGUGGGAUCCAACAGUUCCAGGGAGCAUCCAAAAGUUGAAAGAGUACCGACCGAGUUGCCUCAAUGGCGAGCUGGCGGAGAAUAUGUGA